UUCUGCUCGAGUGUUCUUCAGGAACCGGAAGCCCAGACCCGCCGUUAAUGUCACUGUGCACGGCUCAUGGAGAAGACCAAACGACAGCAAGAGGACUACCGGCUUUACAAGCAAAUGAAGCAACUGAGAAACCCCCUGGACGGAGUCAGCAUACCUGACAGUCAUGGACAUAUUGACCCCUCUCUGCGACCCGUCUGGGAACUAGCUUUUCUCGGCAGCUCUUACGUGAUGUGGGAGAAGACAACGCGGUUUUUGCACUACUACAUGGCACAGCUGAGCGGCGUGAAGCAGUGGGAAACAAACGAUGGUGCGAUUGAUUUUGAUUAUACUGUUCUACUCCAUGAAUUCUCAACGCAGGAAAUCAUUCCCUGUCGCAUUCACUUGGUCUGGUCCCCUGGCAAACCACUUACAGUGAAGUACCACUGUCAAGAGCUGCUGGCACCAGAAGACGCCUCUGGAACUGAAGAAGGAUCAGCUGUGGCACCAACAGAGCUUAGUAAUUUCUGAAAAGAAAAGAAAGAUCUGUUUAUACCAAGUUCUACACAAAAUGACCAUACCGAAUAGCCUGAAUCAUUAUUCUAGUAAAAUAGCUAAGGCAUAGGCUUUUUGAUAAUUUGGGAAAGACUGUGAUUUCAAGUAAAUACUCAAAAAUUAAAAGAUGUUGGGAUUUUUGUUUUUCA